ACGAGGCGGUUCAGUCGGUGGUUACACGCCACGUCAAAACAUACGCGAACUCGACGAUGAAUAUCAAGUUGGUCAUCGUCCUGGUGGCAUUGGCCGCGCAAGCGAGUUACGCGACGAACGACAAAUCAGCGGAGGAUGCCGCGUCGUCUAACACCUCGCCUGUAGCCGAUUCUCCCGAGAAGAAGACGGAGAAACGUGGUUUGCACGGCAGUUACGGCGACUUUGGCGGUGGCGGAGGUGACCUGGGCGGAGGUGGUUACGAUCAUCACGAGCACGUGAAGGCGGUGACGGUGGUGAAGAAGGUCCCUGUUCCGUACGAGGUGACCAAGCACGUGCCCUAUCUAGUGGAGAAACACGUCCCGUACGAGGUGAAGGUCGGCGUUCCCCAGCCGUACACCGUGGAGAAGCACGUACCUUACCCGGUAAAGGUGUUCGUGAAGGUGCCUGUGCACGUGCCACAGCCGUACACCGUGGAGAAGAAAGUCCCUUACGAAGUCAAGGUACCGGUGGACAAACCGUACGAGGUAAAGGUGUUGGUGCCACAGCCGUACACCGUGGAGAAGCACAUACCGGUGCCAGUUAAGGUGCCUGUGCCGCAGCCUUACACCGUCGAGAAGCACGUGCCUUACCCAGUGAAGGUCAAAGUUCCGGUGCCACAGCCGUACCCAGUCGAGAAGCCGGUGCCGUACGAGGUUAAGGUACCAGUGGACAAACCGUACCCGGUCACUGUGCCCAAACCGUACCCAGUCACCGUCGAGAAACCGUAUCCAGUGCCGGUGGACAAGCCGGUGCCCUACGAGGUCAAGGUACCAGUGGACAAGCCGUACCCCGUGCCAGUAGAGAAACCGUAUCCUGUACCUAUCAAGGUACCGGUCCCUCAACCGUAUCACGUGGAGAAACCGGUACCAGUCCCGGUCCCAAAGCCUGUACCAUAUCCCGUCAAGGUACCCGUAGACAAACCGUACAUCGUCGAGAAGGAAGUACAUGUACCGGUGGAGAAAGAGGUGCCGGUACCAGUGAAGGUGCCUGUGGCAGUACCGAUUCACGAAAGUCACGGUGGUGGCGGCGGUGGAGGCUACGAAGAUUUUUCUGGCUACGGCGGAGACAGCGGCAUAUCGUACUCUCAUCAUCGUUGAUUCCUCCCGGCGAUCGAGACGCUUUCUUCGACGCGUUGAGGUUCUUCGUAUACGCGCUGCUCGACCUGUGGGCGAUCGUCUCUGUCGCUUCGCGGAUCUGACAAUCGAGGAAGCGAGCCGUCGAUGAAAUUUCACGUUUCGAUUCGUAGUAUAUGUCUUUCCUUUUUUUUUUUCUUUUUUGGAGGAAGGAAUAAAAAGGUAUCGCGAGUUGUCUCGCGUGGGGGGAGGGGGGGGGGCGAGACGGGGUCUUCAGCCUCUUGUAGCCUAGUGCUUCUCUCAAGCGUAACGUGUCUUUCAGAUUUUUUUAUGUAACUUAGGAGGAUGCUCGUGUUCACUGAACGAUAUUAGCGAUUUCUUCGUGACAGCCUCCCCUUCCGAUUGAUUCGCGUGUGAUUAACAUCACGCUUUAUGUAGUUUGACUCGAAGGGAUGAACUUCGGGGAGAGAUAAUGAAAUUUUCCCCUCUUUUUCACUAGAGAUGAUCUUGAAUUUUUAAUAUCUUGCCAAUUGAAAGAGAACCAAUAUUUUCAAAUAACAAUAACCAACGUUUUCCAACUUUAAAAAAAGUUUUCUUAAACUUGCAAUAUUCAAGGAGAUGAUUUAGUAUGAAAUGGAUCUUGUUUGAAUGUCUAAAAAAUUUUUAAUGAAGAAGAAACGUAUACCUACCUAAAUGGCCUCGUUCGAUCACAGAAUUUUAUGGGGAAUCAUCAGUUGAAAUUAGUGUAAAAAUUUAUCAGUUGUUCCAAAGAAAGCACUAACAUUGACGGCGUUUGAGCGAACUUUACAAGCAAUAAGUUAAUCGACGUGAAACAAAACGCUGCCGCGCGAAAAUUGCAAUUUCGCCGCAGUGAAACACUUUUGUACCUAAUUUAAGUUAAGAGCGAGAUAGAGUGUCUUUUUGUAUCAAAGAUUUAUAAUAAAUACCCGUCUGUCAUCUAA